UUAAACGAAAAGAAGAAUAACUAGAAGCCACUUUCUGUUUUAGGUACAAAUGUUUACAUUUUGUACUUGCAAAGGCUUUUAAAUCAAACGAAAUUUGUUAUGGCGUGGUGGAUGUAACAUUUUAUUAUUACAUAAAGAAGGUUUUGUUAUUAUCAUAGUUUGAAAACUAGCGGAACUAAAAGUGUUCACUAUCAGUAAGUCACAAUGUCUCUAGUGGCUUACGAUUAUAGCAGCGAUGAUGAAUCUGAACAAGAAAUUGUCGACGAACAAUCAGUUGCACCCAAUGUGUCACCGAAAACCGUAUUUUCCACAAAUGUAAAUAAUGGUCAUAACACUGAUAUGUAUGAUGAAACAAAUUCUAGAGUGAGCCUUAAUCUCCCCGCUCCAAAACCCAAUAUCGAUGAAUUGAACAUCAAGGAAGAAGAUGAUGAGUUUCUUCAUAAGAAAGCAGUGUCUGAAACCAAACCUGCUCCACCGAAUAAUCUGAACUUUAUUCGAGCAAACGUGCCAAAUAGGAAAGUGCAGAUCGUAAUAUCAUCACUCCGCGAUUUUGAAAACGAGGCACCAAAACCGAAAGCGAAAUCUGUUGGUCCAGAAACUUCGAAAAAAUCUACUGGGCUUCUUAGCAUGCUACCAACGCCUAAAUCUACAACUUCUUUCCCUGAGUCUGUUGGUGUGUUAAAGAGCCCAGUCAACAAACCUGUCGUGAAUCGCCUAAUUCCAGAUUCAGUAACGAAUCGAACUCGUAAUGUUGCUGUAAACGAAGUUUGUUCACAGACAAAAAUCGCAAAUCCUCCCGAACCAUCUGAUGAUACAGGUGAGGAUAGUGAUGAGGAAAAAACAGAUUUUUUUUCUUUCAAUACCGACGAGAAACUUCCGGAAAUUAGUGUGAAUGAAAUUGCUGCAAUGGUAGCCAAGAAGGCCGCUAAAAUGGCCGAAGCUGCAAAGAAAUUUGACGAACCCGACCAGGUAGAAAACAUGCCUGGGCCAAGUGGAUUCCAGCAAGUUGUACCUGUUGUAAACGAUUUGGACAAUAAACAAGCUCUUGCGACAUUGAUCGGUGGUAACCGAGCGAAACGAGCUCGAGUUGAGAAUGUCAAUAUCAUUGACAUUAGUUCUACCGAUAUUGUUCCUUCAAAGGAAGACUUCUUGCGUCGAAAGUUGCAGGAAGAAACUGGUUAUGUUCCGACAGGGCAUCUAACGGGGGAUUGGACGUGCACUAGUAAACGUAAGUCACACAUCACAUAUCUAGCAUCGAAAGCCCAAGCUAAUGCCCAGGAACUAGAAGCAAUGUGGUCCUCUAACCGUCAAAGUCGGCGGCAAACGCAAAGCAAAUAUGGUUUUUAGUUGAGCGUUACAAGAUUGUCAAUAAAUGAGCUUUUGUAUUAGAA